AUGCCCCUGAUCGAACUCGCCAGCGUCCGACUGCACCCAUCGCUGUCCUCUAGCCCACCACCAUCUUCCUUUUCAGAACUCUGGACAAAGUGCCUAAAGAUCGCCGGUUCCGCCUCGGGCAUCCCCUUCCAUCUCUACCGCUCGACCUCCGACGCGCAACUGUUCUACCUUCUUGGCGGCUGGCAGACUGCCGAUGAUCAUAUCUCAUUCUUGUCGACUUCUGAAGCCGUCGACCUCGCCAAAGCCAUCGGCCAAUCCAUGACGGUCGAUAUCGUGAGACAUAUCGAUGGGGAUAUCGCAUUGCUGGGAGUAAACAGGUCCCGGAGAAUUGUUGUGACGACAUAUAAGGUACCCAGCGCCAGUACCAACAUCGAUGCUUGGAAGGAACAAUGGAACACCAAAGACGGUGCCGGAGGCUGGGAUGAAAGUGCAGCAGUGCAAAAACAGCAUAAAGCAUUCAAGCAAAUGGGUGAGGUAACCAAUAGUGCUUCGGCUUUUGGUGGAAAUGGGAGUAGUGAUGUGAAGACUUGGAUCUGGAUUGAGGAUGCGACAAAGAAGGUCGAUUCAGACAGCAGGCUCUUGGAGAAUAGUACAGUUGAAGGAGAGUCGGUUGAAAUUGAGUAUUUCAUUGGAUAG